AUAUGAUAUAAAUGUAAAACUCAAUGAAAAAUUGAUUAUAGUGGGAUUCAUAUCAUAUUUCUUGUAAUAAAACAAUUUCAUGAAUCCGGAAACUUUCAAAAAUUAUAAGUUACUGAUUUCUGAUUUGGUGAAAUCAAGAUGGCAAAUGCGCACAACUGUCAAAUGAUGAAAUCUGUCAAACUCAAAUGUCUACAAAAUAGAAUUUAUUAUAUUAUUUGACUGUGAUUUCACAUUAUUAUAGCAGUGAAUCAGUUAUUUUCAUUCUGAAAAAUGGGGAUGUCCCGUUUGGAAAUCAAUGUACGGCGAUUGCUUGCAAAAUGUGAAUUGAUGGCCAAAGAAGAAUCAGAACGUGAUUGGAGGUUAGAAAAAUUCAUUAAUGACGCUGAUAUAAUGAUACAAGAGCUUCAUACCUGCGAAAAUAAACCUGUGAAAGAUGCUCUCUCCACUUACUCACAAAGAGUGCAAUUUUUGAAAGGACUGAUUGAAGCUGAUAAGAUUACGAAUCCAGUGGAGAAAGCUGUGGCAACGCAACUGCUGCCUUCCGGUCCAGCUGCCACCGACAAUGUCAGCAAACAAAUUCAUAACAAGACAACCACCAAGGUUCAUAAACAACUAAGAGAGCAUUUGUUCGGCGAAAAAAAUGAUGGCGUAAGGAAACGGCAAUCAGCGACUGCAGGAGAGGACUUAGAUGUGCUUUUGAAGUAUCAUCAUUCAGUUCAAGAGAAGAUCGCCGACGAGAUGCUAGUUUUGGCGCGCAAUAUGAAAGAACAAUCCAAAUUGGCUAAUGUCAUAAUCAAAAAUGACACUGCUUCUGUCGAAAAGUCCUCGGAACUAGCCGAAAACAAUUUUUCAAAUUUGAGGAAGGAGUCUGAGAGGCUGCAGGAACAUAGCAGAAGUUCAUUCAAAUGUUGGCUGUGGAUAAUGCUUAUAGCCGUACUUGUCAUAUUCAUUAAUAUGGUGCUCUUCAUGAAAGUUAUGAGGAAACGAACGUAAAAACAAAGAUUACGUACCGUACUUCUCUAGAGGACAUAAAAAUACCAGUGGAAUUAAAUAUUUAUACAUAUAUGUUUAUAUUAUGUGUUCGUAAUAAAGUGCUACUAAAAUUUUCAGGGAA